UUUUGCCCAACAAAAGUCGGCUACUGGAUCGUAGGAAGCGAUGAAAAGUUCAGGGCGGACUGACAAAAGGCAGUGCGUCUGGAGAGGUGGAGCCCAGAGUUGUCCAGAGCCGCUGCGAUACGCUCGCUCUCCGCUCCCACCCCCAGUGGAAGUGGUUCAGCCCGAGGACUUCUCAUUCAUAAAAAGAAAAGACUCCGCUAGGAGCGAGUGAGUCAGAACCGAAGCCGCCGACGCGGACCCCACAAAGCAGCCAGCCCAGGGCAUGUUCCGAGACUACGGGGAACCCGGGCCGAGCUCCGGGGCCGGUGGUGCGUACGGCGGCCCGGCGCAGCCCCCGGCGACAGGCCAGCAGAAGUUCCACCUCGUGCCAAGCAUCAACACUGUGAGUGGCAGCCAGGAGCUGCAGUGGAUGGUUCAGCCUCAAUUCCUGGGACCCAGCAGCUACCCCAGGCCUCUGGCCUACCCCCAGUACAGUCCCCCACAGCCCCGGCCAGGAGUCAUACGGGCCCUGGGCCAAACUCCAGCAGUGCGUCGCCGGCCCUGUGAACAGAUCAGCCCCGAGGAGGAGGAACGCCGUCGAGUGAGGCGCGAGAGGAACAAGCUAGCCGCGGCCAAGUGCAGGAACCGGAGGAAAGAACUGACCGACUUCCUGCAGGCGGAGACCGACAAACUGGAGGACGAGAAAUCCGGGCUGCAGCGAGAGAUUGAGGAGCUGCAGAAACAGAAGGAGCGCCUGGAGCUGGUGCUGGAAGCCCACCGCCCCAUCUGCAAAAUCCCGGAAGGGGCCAAGGAGAGCGAAACCAGCGGCACAGGCGGUACCAGUGGCACCAGCAGCCCACCAGCCCCCUCCCGCUCUGUGCCUCGUAUCUCCCUUUCCCCAGGGCCUGUGCUUGAACCCGAAGCAUUGCACACUCCCACGCUCAUGACCACACCCUCCCUGACUCCUUUCACCCCCAGUCUGGUCUUCACCUACCCCAGCACACCGGAGCCCUGUGCCUCAGCCCACCGCAGGAGUAGCAGCAGCAGUGGGGACCCCUCUUCUGACCCCCUUGGCUCCCCAACCCUCCUGGCCUUAUGAGGCACUCCAGCCCCCACUCCCUGCGGGUGCUACCCUCACCAAUAUUUCCCUGCCCAUUGGUCCAGCUGGCCUGGACCAUAUCUCAUGUCCAACCCCAGCAGAUUCUUCUCCAUCCCUCCAGAUGAGACUGGGCAUAUUUUGCUUCCUGGUAGUGCCAGCUUGGGGCUACCAAAGCUGCCCACUCUUUCUCUAGAGCUGGUCUCUCUAGCACAAUUUGCACUAAGUCAGAGACAAAGUGGUUCCUGUUUGUUGGAGAAAAUUCCGGGCAGCUCCCAAGGGACUUUGUAGAUUCUCAGAGGUCCUCUAGAGCCCUAAACCCCUGCAGAUCACCCCUAUAGUCACCAUCACCCUCUUCCUGUGAUUCACCCAACCCUACCCCUGACAGGAGGUGAUGCUCUACCCGCCGAGAACACUAACUCACCCAGCCCCACUGCCAGCAGCACCAGGUUAUUGAACCAGGACACUCUGCCAGCCCCUCAUAAGUGGAACAGCUCAGGAGGUGCCAGAGGUUUCUAUGAUGAGCUGACCUGCAGCCCCAGCUCUGAGAAGACUUUAGCUCCAAGCCUCCACAGCGUGGGCAGCUGCUAUUUAUUUUCCUAAAGAGAGUAUUUUUAUACAAACCUGCCAAAACGGAAUAAAAGGCUUGCAGCUC